UUAUUUAUUGAGUACUAGCUGGAGGUAUCUACUACGCACUUGUUCACAUACAUAUUUCCCGAGCACAGAAGAAGCUAAAGGGCGCCAACAAUGAGCUCCGAGGCUAGACUGUAUUCCUUUUCGCAAGGGACGAAGGACCACCUACGCAAGUUCCGCUUGACCACGUCGAGAGCUAGCGGACCGCAGGCUGUCAUUUACUAUAUCGAUAAGAAGACGUACGAGAUCAGGCAAGACGAUGACAAAGUAGUCUACAAAUCGCUCGGCGAGAUCGGCGACGACCUGCCCGACAACUCGCCGCGGUAUAUUCUUCUAAGCUACCCGAUAACUCUUCCUUCAGGACGUAUGUCAGUACCCUACGUCCUCAUAUACUACCUCCCCAGCUCGUGCAAUGCCGCGAGCCGCAUGAUGUACGCGGGCGCGAAAGAGCUGAUGAGGAAUACGGCCGAGGUGGGCAAGAUAUUCGACAUCGAGAGUGCCGAGGACCUGGAGGAUAUUCCCAAGAAGCUAAGCACCGAGUAAGGGCUGCUUCUGAUAUACUUGUUGGCGCGGAUAUAUGGAUAUAUAUAUAGGUAUAUAAGGGAGCAAAGACUGG